AUGUCGAAUUCAUCAAUCGAAGCUUUGGCAAUGGCUGGCGUAGAUUACAAUGAGUGGGGCAUGGAUUUCGAGGAAUGGGAACGUAUGGAGAUGGGUCCACCACCACCCCAUUUGUUCUCUGAAGAUUAUGAAGAAGAUGAAAGAGUUGAAGGAGGAGUUUCGAUGCUAACGAGCAUCGUAGAUGAGUUGUGUGGAGCAGUCGAAAACCAGUCGGAAGAUGUUUUUGAUGAUCAUGAUAUGAGUGAAGAUGGUGACGAUGAUUUUCAAAUACCUUUACCGAAAUAUUAUAACAAAAUUGUGAAGGGUGGUGAUGGUAUCAAGCGACUAAAGAUGUUGGUAAUUGUGAUAAUCGUUAUGAUUAGAUUUCUAAGGAAAGCAAAUUCUUUCAACAAUGUAGUACAUUAG